AAUAAUAAAACAACUUUUUUGCGUCAACAAAAUAAUUAAUGUUUACAUUUUUUAGCUCUAUUUAUAGUUUUCUGUAGAUUAAUUUGUUAAUUUCUUUACAAAUUGAAGCUAUUAAACAUUUUUGUGAUAACUCAUCACAUUUGCGGCGCACUACGAUCUUAAAUUACUUUCGGUAGAUCUCCUCAAAGUAAUUGGUGCCUCCGGCAUUUCCAUACGCAACCAAUUUGCUGUAAAUUCAAUGGAUAAUUGGGCUGAUCUGGGAUUAAAAACACAUCUUAACCUUUCGAACACUGGAACGUUACGGCAAUAUUAUAGCUCUUUAUUUGAACAAUAACUCAAGUGAAAUAUAUUUUGCAGCAUGAAAAACAGAUCAUAAAUGAAAAAAAAGAUGGAUCCACAAAAUCAAUGGGAAACAAAUGUUGCUGGCAACACUGUAAAUACAAUAAAACAAGAAAUCACCUCUAGCAUAACAUUAGACUUUGAACCUUUAUAUAACUAUGGCAACAUUUCUGAGGAUAGUAUGAAGAAUUAUCACAUUUCUAAUCUAGACUGUAGUAUGAAAAAUGAUCAAGCCAAUAUUAAAGAGGAAUUUAUAACGCCUAACUUUGAAGAUGAUCCGCCAAAUUAUGAAACAGAUCAUGAAAAUACUGAAAAAUCAUCACAAGAUAUAACCGAGGCUGUGUCUAACAAACUAGUGAUGCAUCUUGAAAGCAUUACAGGACAAAGUGAUUUCUCAAAGAAUGCAGACGUGAAAAUGGAACAACUGGAGAACUUGGCUGAAGAGUACCCGAGCAUUGAUGAUGGGUCUACCAUGGACAGUGAUGAGGCCAGGGCUUUGAACAAUGUUGAAGCAUGCUUACAGGAUGACAUUGAUGUUAAACAUGAACGUGAUGAGGUAAACCCAAAAGACGAUUUACAAAGAGUUAUCAAAGAGGAAUCUGACAUAACAGUAACUGAAACCAACCUGAUAUCAAAUAAGGUAAAUAAUACAACCUCCACCAUAACCAGUCCGCACUCAGGCAUCAUACAAGCUGAAACUACUAAAACACUAGUCAUGGAAAUACAUCCCAUGGUACGAGGUGGAAAAAUACCAAUGGCUCGGAAUCCAGAAGAAAUCUUACCCACAAAUUAUUCGACGGAAAAUAAUCUGUACGAAGAAUCCUUCCAACUUAAUUCUAUAACUGGUAAUGUAUUAUCGCUAGAACAAGAAGCUUAUGGGUUACUAAAAGAAGGGCAUUGUGAUUAUGUAGGCCAAGUACACCAGUGUGAAAAAUGCCCCAAAACAUAUUCGAAAUUACGAAGUUUAAAAGAGCACAUGAAAGUCCACGAUACGAUAGAAAGGAGGGCGAUGGGUGUUCUUAAAGGUAUACAAACGAAAAAGGCGAAUAUGGAGAAAAGGUUAUAUGGUGGGCAGAAAAAGGUCAAAAAGAUUGAUGUCCAUGCACUAAAGAAAAGAAACGAAAGGUCGGACAGGGCAGAGAACCGUGGUAAAGUAAAAGGUGACAAAAAAUCCAAUUCGAAAAAGGAAAGAAAAGAGAAAUUGGCCAUAAUCAAAAAAGAAACUGAAGAAAAAAUCCUUAACCUUAAAAAAGAGUUGGAAGAGACAUCUACCGAUGUACAAAUGGAGGGCCACAAAUGUAUUUGUGGGAAAGUGUUUAAGAGGAAAACUAGUUUGCUUGCAUGUUUGAGAUCUCAUGAAGUUUCCACAGAUACUAACGUGUUCCAAUGUAUAUCAUGCACUAAACAGUUCAAAGAUAAAGAAGAAUUAGCAGCGCAUAGACGACGGUUACACAGAAAAAGGUUCCCUUGCAAAUUCUGCCCCACAGACUAUAACACGCGUAAAGAACUAUUCAAGCAUCUCCAAAUACACCAAAAAGUUCAACUAAUGGAGUACAAAGUUAUAUCCGAAUUUGUUAAAGGAAAACACAAAUUAAGAUGUUUUAUGUGUUCCAAAAGUUUUUCGGAGCUAUCAGAUCUUAAAUACCACGUCAUGGACGAUCAUCAAGAACCGUACAUUUGUCCUCAUUGCAAGGGAACUUUCGCUAAAAUUAUUGAUUUCGGAAAUCAUACUAAAGCUUUUCAUCCAGAAGUAGAAGGCCAAUCGGUUUUGGAUGUAUUGGAAGCAUUUUCAAAGUUGAUACAAGCUUGGAAGUGUGAAGAUUGCAAUGAGCAAUUUCAUGAGGCCGACAAAUUUGCCAUGCAUCAAGUUGAAAUACACAGCCCAGAUGUAAAAGACAAGGACCAAUUUCAAUGUGAGGAUUGCCGACGAGUCUUCAUCAGUCAAAAAGGGUUGACAUCUCAUAAAAGGAUACAUGAAGUCCAUUUUGGCGAAAGCUUAGAGGAAAGUGAAUUUCAAGAAAAAGGAGUUAUGUGCGUCGAAUGUAGGAAGAUAUGCAAAGACAUGAGUGCCUUAACUUCACAUAUGCGGUUGCAUUCGCCAGAGAGAAAGUACCCUUGUAAAUUCUGCGAUUUCCGUUUCGCUACUCCCGAAAAGCUAAAAGCACAUUCCGAAAUCCAUACAGGCGAUAUGAAAUUCGUAUGUUUUAUAUGCGAAUACCAGUGCAGUUCAGAAAACAGGUUGGAACACCAUAAGAUGUCAAUAAAACAUGCGAAUAUGAAAGAGUAUCUGUUAACAGGGAAACAUUUGAUAGAGGAAGAAUCUGCUUCUAAAAAGAGAGAGUCGAAACAGGAACAUAGAGAAGUCAAAAAGAGAAAAGAACAUAAAGAGAAGAUAAAGGAGCAUAAAGAGAAGAUAAGGGAAGAACCAAGUUGUUCCAAAGAAGAAGAAGUGGAAGUAAUUUGUGAUGUAUGUGGUGAUAUGUUUGCGAGUGAGAAGAAAAUGUUUGAACACAAGGCAACUCAUCCGUUUAUAGAAUUCCCAAAUGAAGACACACCUACUAGAAUAUUCUUUAAGUGACACCACUCUUGCCAUCAAGUUGUAAAUUAUGUUUAAGUAUUUUGGUAGAAUCAUUUUCGCGACACGCCACUCGCUACGCCACGCGUGUUGAGUUAAUUAUCGUUGGGUUUAAUAUUAUUAUAAUCCAUCCACGGAGAGAAUUUAAUGCAGGGCUCUCUGUUACAUACAAAUGAAAAAGACAAAAAGUCAGUGGGCGUUAACCAUUUUGAGCGACCAACCAAUCACAAACGAGCCUAUGUUUUCCAUACUAACUUGUGGGCAGAGGCUUUUUACUAGAAAUUCCUUAAGUUUGUGCUUCAACAUAGUUAUGCUAAGAGUCUACAAGUUCUGGUAACUUAUUAUAAAUUCUAAGUGCCAUAUUUAUUAUAUUUUUUCCAAAUUUCGUGGAUGAGUGCCGAGUGAAGCAAAUUUUGUUGUUACUACUUUCAUUAAAUAUAAACAGAUUUUCAUUUCUUCUAAUAAAUACAACUUCGUAGAGGUAAAGACAUGGACAAAGAAAUAUUUUUAAUUUACCUGCCUGCUACAGUUUGAU